AUGACCGACGAUCUCGCCGCGCGCCUUGCGGCGGUGCUGCCUUCUGGACAUAACUUUGGGAUCUAUCAUCUCUCGACUCCGCCGACGAAAACAAACGCAUUGUUCCACGCACCGCCCGGCCAGCGUCCAGAUCGGACUUUUAUCGAGAGCCACUUCCUCGGUGUCACCAUCACACACGUGCCCGGCCCCAAAGGGAGCAUAGAUGGCGACGAAGAAGUCUUGGCUUUUGCCCUCGAAAUCUUUAUUUUCACGACGGCUUACUCCAGCACCUUCUUCGUCGCCAAAGCCGACUCGUCGGGCUAUCUCCACCUGCUGGGCCUACCAAAGGGAACACCGUCUCCUAUCCGGGCGGUCUCGUCGGUCUUCCUCACAUUUCUGGUCGAGCAGCGGCGGCGCGCAGGCGUGCCGUCGAUCAUCAGCCUCUUUGCGCGGUCGCAGUCGCAGUACCUGUUCCCGGGCAGUGUCGACAACCCGGGGAAACAUGUCUUGGACGACCGGGGGCUGGUGAAGUGGUGGUGCCGGGUACUGGACCCGCUACUGUUGGCGGCCAACGGCACAGAGACGGAUGCACAAGCCAAAGGGUGGAAGAACGCCCAGGGCUACCUGGUCGUGCCCGGUCUGGACACGUACGAGACCCGCGCGUUUUUGCCCCGGCGGCCCGACCAGCAAAAGCAGUGGACCCUCGGCCACCCACUCGAGUCCAUCUCGCACUACGUGACCAAUGACGCACCACGCCCACCACCGCGCUGUCUGAUCCCGCAGUACCCGGACGACCCGAAAGCACGGUACCUCGACGAGCUGGACGAAGAGGCAGAGCGGACAAGCGGCAAGGAGGACAAGAGUGGUGGCAAGACAACGGCGACAGGUCAAAACGGGGGCUGGAACGGCCAGUGGAAGAGCGUCAAGUCGCUGGACCAGUUCUGGGAGAUGAUGGCGUUUCGGCAAGAGUGUUCGAGCGGACGGCUGACUGGGUUCUUAUGGAUUGUCUUUGAGCCCGAGGGGACGGCGUCAGUCGCCGCGGCAGCGAGACAGGAGGGCGCGGCGGCUGCGUCCAAACAGACCCCAACAAAGAAAAAGAAGAAGCAGGCCCUCCGUGGCUACAUUGUCUCCCGACGGCCCCGCCCCAAAACGCAGCAGCGCUACGCAUUGGCUGCACGCCCGACGAGCACGGCCUACUAUCGGUGGCCCGUUGCCGGGCGGGGUCGGCUGCUGGUGGACGAGUCGGACUACAAGCGGAUCAACGAGCUGCUGCUGCAGCUGGACUUUAGCACGUUCGAAAAGAGUGCAGCAAGCACGCGACGGUGGGUGCACGAAGCGGGGAUUGGGAGCGGCGAUUGGCGGGUGCUCGUCGUGGGUACCCAGACACCUGUUGCGUCGUCAAACGGUCAAGACGGGCACAGCGGGCAAAGCAGCAAUGGCGUCACGGACCUGAGCAACCUGGUCAAGAGAAAGCGGGCUCCGAGCAAAGCGGACACGGCAGCGGAACCACAAACCAAGGGAACGGCAAAUGGAGCAGUCAACGUUCUGAGCGCCGGCCUCGUUCGAAAGAAACAGAAGCACGUGGAGAGCACGCCGGAAGAGGCGGUCCCAACUGGAGCACCGGCAGUCAAUGUCCUGAGUGCAGGAUUGGUCCGGAAGAAGCCCAAGGCAUGA